AUGCGCAGUCGGCGGCCCUUCGUGCCGAUCGACACUUGCAGCCCUGGCGGGACGUGGAUUGAGGAGAAGCGCUACAACAAGGCGCGCCACGACGAUGGCGCGUGCGGCUCACGCAAGGUGCUGUGCGGCAACUGGCAGGAGGAGAAGGCACUCGAGGACGACCUCCUCGUGCAGCAGCCGCUGCCGCUGCCGCCGGGAUCCGUGCAGGCCGACGAAUUCGCUUCGACGGCGGUGCUGCGCGCGAGUUUCGACGUCAUCCGCGAGGGGCGCAACGGCCGUUACACCGGCGGGUAUGAGUCGACGCCGUACAUCACUGCCGACGCUCGAAACCCACACACGCGCUUCUUGCAGACGACGCAUCGCCACGACUUCUGCGAGGAGAACGGCGAUGUGAAGCGCUUGCGCCGCCCUGAGUUGGGCGCGCGCAGCCGUGUUAUGCUCGAAGUCGCACUCGAAGCGGCGCGCGCCGAGAAGGAGGCGAAAGACGCAGAACAGCAUGAACGUCGCCUCCAUGUGGCGCUGGAGGGUGGCGGUACGUACCUGUCGACUUACCAUAAGUCGCACUGCCACGAGGAGGAGCUGCCAGUCAUCAACGAGCUGCGCACCGACUACCUCUCAGACGAGCCCAUUACUCUCUACACGGGGAACCCGGUGACGGGGUGCACAAUGACAGUCCACGGCAAGACGCCGGUGGAUCCGGUCGAGGAACGCUCGCGCUUUGGCCGCCACACACACUUCACCGAGCGGAAAUAUGCGUUGUAG